UAAUUCUUAGUUAUAAGCUCGUGUCACCGUGACGUCCACCAUUACUGGAAAAUGCGAGGCGAUGGGAAGAGAGCCGAUCCCGAUUUCAGCAUUAUACCUUAUCCUUCUUUUAAUGAUUGACCCUUUGUUAUGUUUACAAGAAACUGCUAGAGAUUGUGAGAAUGCGAUUGGUAUUCAAUUUCCUGCAUCUAAUUUCAAGCUAACAGCUUCUGAGUAUUACCGUAACUACUACUUGGGCUCAGGAAGAUAUGCGAAUCUUAGUCCAGACAAUGCUAGACUUAACCAUUCACUAGCAUGGUGUGUGCGAACUCGCAGGCGAGACACUAUACCAUGGCUGAUGGUGGACCUGAGGAAGGCAAAGACUGUCAGGGGAGUGGCUACUCAAGGGUUUGUCGGGGUGAACGAUUAUUUUGUCAAGAGUUAUAAGCUGGCGUACAGUGUGGAUGCCGUAAAUUGGACAUGGGUGAUGGAAAACAACAGCAUCAAGGUAUUAGUUGGUAACACCAAUGGUGUUCAUACAGUUCUGAAUCCUACAGGAAAUGUAACAGCUAGAUAUGUGAAGAUAGUUCCUGUUGCCUAUCACAUAAUGAUCUGCUUGCGGCUAGAACUUUACACCUGCAAACAAGGAGCAGCAAUAACAACUUCAACAACAGCAUCAUCAGUAGCAACUACAGUUACAACUACAACAGCUACAUCUUCUAGUAUGCUGCCCAACACACCAUCCUCAUCCCCUUCUACUGGCACCCAACCUUCAUCGACGCCCAUUCAUGAGCCACCUACACAGGGUACUACUCUAGUCACUAUGGAAACCAGCACAAGCCAUUUAAAGUCGAGUCACCAUUCACGGCCAACAACAAGAAAAACAUUAUUCACAUCAAAAACUCCUACCUCAACCUUGUCUACAAGUGUUACUUCAGUUACGCCCGGUCACUAUGUGCAUCAUUCCAGUGUUAGCCCCGCCCCAAGGAUCGCCCACCCCGCAGAUGGUAACCUGACUGUGCCGCUUGUUGUUGGCAGCGGUCUGGCAGGCAGUCUGAUCUUUGCUGCACUACUUCUUCUAUUGGUGCUGAGAGUUAGAAAAGAAAGAAGGAGGCGGGAAGGAGGUCUGGCAGAGCUUCUUGUGAUUGAAGCUCCAUUAAUAAACUUAAAACCAUUCUGUUAUUGCUUUGCUGGCAGCCACAUACUUAACCUACAUCUUAGCUGUCAACUCACCCGCAUUAGAGUUGAAGAAGAAAAGCCCUUGGAUGAAAAUGAAUCAGAAUAGAAGUAUGGUCUGAGAAGUUUGAGUCAACUGAUGCUUCACCAAGCCUUGCUUUAACUAAUGUUAUUUGUUGCCGUCUUCUAUCUUAAUAAUAGCCAAAAGGCAUACUCUCAGAAACUUAGUGUUGAAUAAGCAUACAGUACUGGAAAGGGAGUGAAAAAUUGCCCCAUCCCAUUCACAGUGCUAAGUAUUAUCAAUAGCCUGUUUUCCCCAAGGCUAUCCCAAGGGGGGGUGGGUGGGGCUCAGUAAGGUGUUAGAGUCUGACAAAUUCCACACCCCAAAAAUUAGAAAAAGGUUAAAAAGAUUUCAAACCAAAAAUUGAAAAAGAAACCCUGACUUGACCCAUAUCUUGGGUCCAAGCUCAUGGCAAUAUGGCCGACCUUCCAGUUACAGUGAUUUAGUCUCUUUCUUUAAAUGUAUCUUUCUACUAUUUACAAAAAUAACUUAUUUACAUUUUUUUCUAAAAGAAUAUAUUUAUUGCACGGUUCCAGAGAGAGCUUGCAUAAUAAUUUAUUAUGAUGGUAAAAUUUAUAAAUUGUACAGGAUUUCAGAGAAGAUAUGUACAAAGAUAAAAAAGUAUUAUAUUUUUGUGUGCACAAUUCCAGGGAGAAUAUGCACGUUGAAACAUAUUCCUGGUAAUAUUUCCCUAGUUUUUUAAUUCAUAUACAACAAGUCAUGGCCAUCAAGUUUGCUGUGUUUAUAAAAAGUGCACUAGCUCAGUGAAGCUAUGCACUAUAAUUUCAUAUUUGUUUGAUAUUUAAAUAUUUUUUUUAUUUAAUUGUACAGUGUCCCAGGGUGGAUGUGUACAUAUGUGGGAUAAAAUUAGAAUUUUACACUUUUUCAUUGAAAAAAUGUAUUUUCUAUUAAAAUGUUUUCUGUUACUCAACUCGUGUUCUUGUGUACUUUAAAAUUCGCUCAAAAUAAAUCAACAAGAUCAUAUUAAAAUGUUGGGAAAAGUAGAGUUAGCUAGUUUAAAAGUAGGGUGAAAUUUCAUUGUCAAAAAAGCAAAUUAUGGAUCAAACUGAUUUUGUUUAUUAUACUAAUACACUGUUUCAGUGCAAGUAUGUAUUAAUAUAUUAUCAAUAAAACAUAAAAGUAGUUAUCUUUUA